UGUUGUGGAAGUGGUUUGGGACACAGCCUGUUGUUUCCGUCACUUCCCUGAGUGAAUAUGCCGCAGAUAAACUGAGUAAAUAAAUCGGAGUCCGCGAAGAUGCUGCACUCGGAGUCGGAGUCGAGUCCGUAUCGGUUCACCCGCCUGCUGUGUGGAGUUUUUACUCAUUUACUCUGUGCCGCUUUCACCAUGUUUGUGACGUUUGUAGCGAAACCAGGCUCCAGUUUGUUUUCUUGGCAUCCGUUCCUGAUGACGUUGGCGUUCUCGUUCUUCAUGACCGAGGCCGUUCUGCUCUUCUCUCCGUAUUCCUCUCCUGCGCGCAAAUUAAAGCACCAGGUCAAAUCGCGCCUGCACUGGAUCCUGCAAUGUUCCUGCUCAUCCUGCGCGCUGGUCGGACUUGGGACCAUUUUCUACAACAAGCACAUGACGGGGAAGCCGCACUUCUCUACAUGGCACGGGCUGCUGGGCCUCAUCACUGUGUGCGUGGUGCUGCUGCAGUCGGCGGCGGCGCUGCCGCUCAUCUACCACAAACUGGCCAAAGGCUGGUCUCUAGCCAAGCUGAAGCGCUACCACGCCGCCGCAGGACUCGUCACCUACCUCCUGGGCAGCGCGAGUCUGCUGCUGGGUGUCUGCUCUGCCUGGUUCACCUCCAGCGUCGGGGGGACCGCCUGGUACAUCACCGCCCUGUGCCCCGCCCUCUCCGCCCUCACCAUCAUGAGCCAAGUGACUAAUGCCUAUAUGGCCAAAAAACGCCUGCGGUCGUGAAGCAGGAGCGGACACGUCCUAGGAAGACUUGCACGUUGCCAUAGUGAUCAUUUACAGCGUCACAUCGUUCUGUACGUUUACUGAUAAACGUACAGAUACCCUCACCAAGAACAUCUCAGGUAACGCAGAACAUCUGUGAAGGAGACACUAGAGCAGAGGAACUGGAACGCCACCAGAGGACAAAGUGUAACAGCGGGGGUUUGGGUCACGACCCAAAACGCUUUCUACGUUUAUACUUACUGUAGGACGACCCAUCAUGCACCAGUUUAUUUCUCCAUCCUGUAUGUGAUGCGACUGUAAAUGUGCUGAGAGAGAAAACUAAAUAAAGAAGGAAGUUUCAAAUACAACAAGAAAUGCUGAAUUUAUUUUUUUUGUUAAAACAACAUUAAAUAAAUACAAUGUCAUUUUAAUCUCCUGGUCUGUGUGCUAAAUACAAGAGCUGAUGAACGGUGUGUGUGUGUGUGUGUGUGUGAGCUCUCAUCUGGUUCAGUCACAGAUACUGGUCAUAAACACACACCAGAAAACACACACGCAAAAAAAAACAAAAA